AUGGCUAUUGUGUUAAGAUUUGUGGAUAUUGAUGGGUUUUUACGAGAACGGUUUUUUGCCAUUGUAAAUGUGACUGAUACAACUGCUGCAACACUUAAGAAAGAAAUAUUUGAUGCUCUUGGUCGUUAUGACUUGCAUAUCCAUAACAUGAGGGGACAAGGAUACGAUGGUGCUAGAAAUAUGCGUGGCUCUUGGAAUGGAUUGCAGACUCUUUUUUUGAAAGAAUGUUCAUGUGCAUAUUAUGUACAUUGUUUUGCUCAUCGGCUUCAACUAGCAUUAAUUGCGGUUGCCAAAAAAGAGCUACUGGUGAACGUGAUACUUUGUAAUCAGAUUGGAAAUUUAUUACGGCCAAGGAAGACUCGUUGGAGUUCUAAUUUUGACUCACUUUGUAGCAUGGUUGAUAUGUAUGGCUAUAUGAUCACCGUGUUGGAAAAUAUGGUGGAUGAGGGGUCUUCUAACUCCAUUCGUGGUGAAGCUAGUGGUUUGUUGAUUGCGAUGAAGUCUUUUGAUUUCAUAUUCAUUCUACACUUAAUGAAAAAGAUAACGAGAUUAACAAAUCUACUUUGUCGAGCAUUGCAAGAGAGAUCUCUAGAUAUUUUAAAUGCAAUGGAGCAUGUUUCAACUACUAAAACUUUGCUUCAUGCUUUGAGAGAGCAAGGGUUUGAUAUUUUACUCAAUUGCGUGGAAGAAGUUUCUGAAAAGUAUGACAUUGAGAUACCUCAGAUGGAAGCUCGUUAUAAAUCUAUUAGAAGUCGUUCUUGUCAACAAAAGGAUUUGAUUACAGUUAAGCACCACUAUCAAUUUGAUGUAUUUGUUGUUGCAAUAAAUUUUCAAAUUGAAGAGCUCAAUAGUAUAUUCAAGGACAAGACAAUCGAACUUCUUAAGCUCAGUGGUGUUUUGGAACCUAAAGACAACUUUAAAUUUCUUAAUGUUGAUCACAUCUAUCAACUUGCUGAGAAAUUCUAUCAUCUAGAUUUUGAUGCACAAGAUUUGCACCAUUUGAGAACACAAUUGGCUCACUAUGAGCUUGACAUGCCCAUCAAUGAAACAACAACAGAACGAUCAUUUUCAGCUAUGAAGCUCGUGAAAACAACUCUUCGUAACAAGAUGGAAUAA